AUGGGAGGGUGCUUUUCGGACGUCAGAGGAGGGAAGCAGGCAGUAGGGGGAGCGCAACAAAGGCCAAUUAACUACCAUGAGGAUUGCAACGACGCCGUUGACUGCUUUAACAAGUCUCAGGGAGCUGUCCCACUAUUCACUCCACUCGAGCUAUCCUUCUCCGCCUCUAACUUACUUGAUCGUGAUUUCACUUCGAAGAGUGAUCCCAUGGUUGUCGUGUAUGCAAAAAAAGGAUAUGGCGAUCAAGAGGAAUUAGGGAGAACUGAAAUAGUAUUGAAUAAUCUGAAUCCCUCUUGGAUAGAGAAAGUUAGAGUUGCAUAUCAUUUCGAGUUUGUACAGCCGUUGCUAUUCCGUGUGUAUGAUGUCGACACAAAAUAUCACAACGUAAAUGUGAAGACACUGGAUUUGAAGAAUCAAGAAUUUCUAGGGGAAGGCACUUGUGCUCUUUCGGAGAUAGUGACUAAACAAAGUCGAAGUCUUACCCUAAAUCUCAAUGAUGACUAUGGACGUCUUGGAGGCCGGAGAAACCUAGGAACACUCACUGUACAUGCUGAGGAAUUUAGUGCUUCUAAGAGUGUUGUUGAGAUAAAAUUUCGUUGUUCCCGCUUGGAAAACAAAGACCUGUUUUCUAAAAGCGAUCCAUUCUUAAGAAUAUCGAGGAUGGUUGAGACCGGUGGUUGUGUUCCAAUUUGCAAGACAGAAGUGGUGGACAACAAUUUAAAUCCAACUUGGAAAUCACUGUGCCUGAGUAUGCAGCAGAUUGGAAGCAAGGAUAAUCCCUUAGUUAUUGAAUGCUUUGAUUUCAACAGCAAUGGCGAACAUGUUCUUAUUGGAAAACUCCAAAAGUCGGUGGCAGACCUCGAGAAACUCUACAAAGAGAAAAGCAGCGUCAACUUUGUCAUUCCGCCAUCUUCUCGUCAUGGUCAUGAAAAGCUCUCCAAGGGUCUGCUUUUUGUGGAUCAUUUUUGCGAGAAGGAACAAACAAGCUUUAUUGAUUACAUAUCUAGUGGUUUUGAGCUCAACUUUAUGGUUGCCGUUGAUUUUACAGCUUCAAAUCGAGAUCCUAGCCGAACCGAUUCUUUGCACUAUAUUGAUCCUUCUGGCCGGUUGAAUUCUUACCAGCAGGCAAUAAUGCAAGUGGGGGAAGUCAUUCAAUUUUACGACACUGAUAAACGCUUUCCUGCUUGGGGAUUUGGAGCACAGAUAGGUCGUGCCGUAUCCCAUUGUUUCAACAUGGAUGGAACCACAACUGGCUUUGAGGUUCAAGGAGUUGAAGGCAUCAUGUCUGCUUAUUCCAGUGCUCUACGCGAGGUUUCUCUAAGUGGACCGACUUUGUUUGGCAAAGUGGUUAACAGGGCUGCAGAAAUGGCUUCACAAUCCCUUUCGGAACACAACAACAAGUACUUUGUGUUACUUAUUAUUACAGACGGUAUCCUUUCGGACCUUCAAGAAACAAUAGAUGCUUUGGUUAGGGCAUCUGAUCUUCCCCUCUCCAUUAUGAUAGUUGGAGUCGGAACUGCAGAUUUCAAACAAAUGGAGAUCCUUGAUGCUGACAAUGGACAUCCAUUGCGGAGUUCGACAGGUUGUUUAGCUGCAAGAGACAUUGUUCAGUUUGUUCCCAUGAGGGAAAUGAAUGGUCAGAGGAUUUCUGUUGUUCAAUCGCUUCUGGAGGAGCUGCCUGGACAGUUUUUGAGUUACAUGCGGAACAAGGGCAUCAAGCCACUCUCACCUUUCCAUUCCAAGCCCCAUGCCUUCUAG